AGCAACAUGGAGGAUGAUGUCAGCUUGAAGUUCCGUCAGCAGCUCCUGUUCAUUGAUGAAAAUCUGGUGGCUGACGAUGUAGCAGCUUUAAAAUUUCUCUGUACUGACUUGCUCCCCUUCAGAAAACUAGAAAAUGUGAAGUCAGCAGUGGAUAUCUUUGAGCUUCUUAUGGCUAAAGAAUAUCUGAAUGAGGGAGAUACUUUCCUACUAGCUGAACUCUUAUACAGAAUUAAAUGUCACUCCUUGCUCAAGAAACUUGGUUAUACCAAGGAGAAAGUGCAAGAAUGUCUGCGUGAGAAGGGAAGAGUAUCUCUGUACAGGCAGAUGCUGUAUGACUUGUCAGAGAACAUUACCGACGAGAUGUUGAAGGAUAUCAUAUUCCUCCUGCAAAACUGUCUUCCAAAGAGACGGAUAACUCUUUCUGCUCUGGAGUUGAUGAUUUUAUUGGAAAAUCAGGGCCUUUUAACUGAAAACAAUGUACAGAUGCUGGAGGAAGUCUGUAUGAAUGUUUCACCUGAUCUCCUGGAAACGGUAAACUGCUACAAAAGGGCAAAAGUGUCUCUGCCUCAGCAGGAGAACACUCUGCCACUCAAAGCUUCACUGCCUCACACUGGGGACAUCAGAGUAUUCAAUUCCUUACAGGAGACUUCAAUCAAAUCUGUCUGUUCUAAUAUCAAUGAUAACAAAGCAGCUAAUCUUACCCAAGGCUUCUCUGAAAUGAACCUGAAACUACCUGGAAAACUCAGCAAUGCAGAAAAUGAAUCCAAGAAGAUGACAUGCUACAAAAUGGAUGGACCACACAGAGGAAUUUGUCUUGUUAUUAAUAAUGUGAACUUUGAUACGCCCCUUCAGGAGAGGAAGGGUUCUUGCAAAGAUGCUGGGGAACUGGAGCGAGUAUUCACAUGGCUUGGUUUGGAUGUGAAGGUUUACACAGAUCUGACAUCUGAGGAGAUUAAAGAUGUCAUGCGAACUUGGCAGCAUUUCCAAGAUCACAAAGACAGGGACUGCUUUGUAUGUUGUAUUCUGUCUCAUGGAGAGUCAGGAGCAAUCUACGGGAAAGAUGCGCAGCUCGUAUCAAUCCGCAUGAUCAUGUCCCACUUCACUGCCAAGCAGUGCCCACAGCUCGCUGAAAAACCCAAACUCUUCUUUAUCCAAGCGUGCCAGGGUAAAGAGAUACAGUGUCCUGUCUAUGUUGAAGCUGAUGCACGAAUUCCUGACUUGCCUUCCGUGCAACAGAACGUUUCUCCUUCUGAAAGUAUUCCUGAAGAGGCUGAUUUCCUCCUAGGCAUGGCCACAAUUGAUGGAUAUGUCUCUUUCCGACACACUCAAGAUGGUGCUUGGUAUAUUCAGGCCCUGUGCAGCAAGCUGCAGUUGUUGGUACCAAGGGGUGAAGAUAUUUUGUCAAUUCUUACAGAAGUGAAUGAAGAUGUGGGCAGACGUGUUGACCGCUGGGGGACAAAGAAGCAGAUGCCCCAACCCGCAUAUACCUUAAGAAGAAAAUUUAUAUUCCCUGUACCUAGAGACCCUCCUCCUUCACAGCAACAUUGA